AUGGCUGCCUGGCCAUUGCCGCCGUCCGGAGUGGUGGGUGUGAGCGUGGGCGCGGCCCUGCUCGUUCUGCUGCUGGGGGCGGCGAGCUGGGUGUGCUACCGGCGGCGCGGAGCCCACAAGAAGCUGAGCGAGCGCCCCCUCACGUUGCGGCGCCCCACGGCCGUCAAGAACCCCGCCCCGCAGAGCCACUACCUGAAGAAGUCUCCGUCUCCUACGGGUAACAAGUCUCCUCCAGGAGGAAAAUCCCCGACGGGAGGGAAGACGCCCCCUGGGGCACGUACCCCGACGACCAGCCUGCCCCCGCCGGGAUGCGGCGCUCUCUCGCCCAGCUGCACCACGCCCAGGGUCUCCUCCCCCGCGCACCAGAGCUCCCGCGGCGUCGAGGCCGACCGCGUGACCUACGAGAACGAGCACGACAAGCCGAGCACGCCGUCCAAGGAGGAACUCGAGCUCAAUGAGAGGAACCUGGCCAAGGAGGCGCAGCCCACGCGCCUGGGCAAGCUGCACUUCAAGCUGAGGUACAAUUUCGACAAGAACGCUCUGGUCGUGACCAUAGUCAGGUGCAGCGACCUCCCGGCCAAAGACCCUGCCUUGACCUCGAGUGACCCGUACGUCAAGCUGCAGUUGCUUCCCGAGAAGCAGCACAAGGUCAAGACACGCGUUCUGAGGAAGACUGUGAACCCGGUGUAUGACGAAGAUUUUACCUUCUACGGGAUCAACUACUCUCAGCUUCAGAACAUCACGCUGCACUUCGUGGUCCUGAGCUUCGACAGGUACUCGCGCGACGACAUCAUCGGCGAGGUGGUGUCCCCGCUCGGCCAGCUCGACUUCACCAACACCGAGAACUGCAUCAGCCUCACGCGGGAGAUCAACCCGCGCUCCCUCAAGAUCCGUUCGCAGGGACGAGGUGAGCUCCUGGUGUCCCUGUGCCACCAGCCGGCUGCUAACCGCCUCACCGUCGUCGUCCUCAAGGCACGCAACCUCCCCAAGAUGGACAUCACCGGCCUGUCAGGUUCUCCAAAGUGGUUUUAUAAGUGGUUCUCCAGAGUGGUUCUCCAGAGUGGUUCUCCAAAGUGGUUCUCCCAAGAGGUUCUCCAAAGUGGUUUUAUAAGUGGUUCUCCAGAGUGGUUCUCCAAAGUGGUUAUCCAAAGUGGUUCUCCAGAGUGGUUCUCCAGAGUGGUUCUCCAGAGUGGUUCUCCAAAGUGGUUCUCCAAAGUGGUUCUCCAAAGAGUACGGUUCAAGAGACGCUACGUUGGUCUAACUAUGAGGUGGAGAGAUAUAUGUAGUUCUCAUGGAGGCUGGAAGGAGAGAGGAGAUGAGAGUAAUAUGGAAUUAACAGCAUUAGAGGGUUAA